UUGCGAGUCAGCACGUUGUGGUUAAGCCAACCUCACCGAAAGUGAGUGAUGCGGUUUGGGAUGAGCGUAGAUAGCGUUACGCUGUGUGAGCAAACUAAAACUUUAGCAUAAAUUUUUUUUUUUACAAGUCCAGAUACAUUUUUAAUGGUUAGCAUGUUGCCUUCUUCUAGCAGGGUCAAACUCAACCGAGUCGCGCUAAAGGACUUCAUGGGAGUCAAGCUAGUGCCGCAGAGGCGACCUCCCAAACCUGAGAUUAAAGGAGCCGCCGAGUCAACAAAACAGGAGAAAAACUUGGUUUCUGAGUUCUUAUCAAAGGAAGACGCUGCCAUGGGCUCCGACGACAGCAACGAACCAUUUAAGACUCUUUUAAUCCACCAAAAGGAAGCAGAAAACGGGAAGGACGCGGUCUGUGACGGUCUCUUGGUUGGCGGAAGGCUGGAGCAGAAAGCCACAAGGAGCGAGCUUCACUUUAGCACAGGAGAUGAAAUGCAGCGUAAACAAAGCGGACCGACCACCAGAGGCAAGUAUGAACGGAGCAAACCAAACACUAGAAGCAGCGACAUGUCGGAGAAGCAGAAGAGGCUGUGCAAAAUCGGGUUGAAAUGUAGUUGGUGCCGAUUCUGUGCGGAUUCGGAGGUCCGCCGCAGGGUCAGACCGAGGGUCAGAAUGCCCACCACAUCCUGCCGGAUGAUGCGGACAGUCGCAAGAAAGACCCCUGAAGCCGGGGUUAAGUCUGGCUGUUUUAGAGCAGGGAAAACUGGUGUUGUAGCAGACAGAGAUGGACUGAACUCAGCAGGGGAGUCCACAGGCGGCACACCACAGCCGGAGCCCGCCGCUUCUCAGUCCGGAACACCGUCAGAACUCGGCCCAACAUCAAACAUUAAUAGAAAUGUCGACCCAAAUUCGAAUGGACUUGAUGCUUCAGGAGACUUUUCAAGAAGUUCUGUUGAAGGCUGCACUUGUGUCAUCUGUGGGAGUAAUAACUACACCUCACCUCAGAAGAAGAACCUGGGUAAGCAAAGGCCUAAGAGUUCUAACACGGGGUUCAAUCCACCUGCUGCUGAAUUAAAUGUGACGAGAGAAACCAGAAUCCUUGAGACGCCCAAAGAGAUCAAUGCUAAUGAGGACCUUCCUAAAGUAAUGCUCUGUGAUGUAGCCAAAAAAUGUGAUCCACGCUGUCACAAGUGUGGCUACAGGUUGCCAGACACUCUCAAGUCCAAAGUUGUGCAUUGCUUCAAACAGGAUAUGAAAGCUGGACUUCAGAUUUGGUCCCGUUGUUCAGGGCAUAACAAGCUUAAAAAUCAAAAACGCCGCUCUAAUGUUCUGAACAAUGAGAGCAUCAGUCAAACUGUGACUGGACACCAAAAACACCCUAAAGUCACAGACUCUGAGGCCUCACAACCUUCAGGUCCUGCUGAGCUUUUCCAUGGCGGCUGGACAGAGGAAGACUCUGAGACUAGUUCAGCUGCUGUAGGAGAUCAUCAGACUGACAAUAGGACUAAUAUGUUUGUAGAGGAGGACACGCUUCACAGAGACAAAAGAAUAAAGCUUGGGGAUAGUGUUGGGUCCACCAGUACUGCCGGUUCAGCUUUGGAAGAAAACUGUAGCAUCACAAACUCUUGUGAUCCAGAAGGAGAAUUGGUAGAAGCUGAAACCUCAUCAGAUGCGUCCUCUGAGAAUCAUGAAACAGGUGACCCAGAGUCAUUUACCUGCCAGAGAGUAAAGCCCUACGUGAGGAAAAUAUUGUGUGCUCGCACGUACAUGCCUUGGCCUUUUUUGAAACCAGCAUGCUCAGCUCAGGGUUUUACCACAGCGUCCACAUCGGGACCGGUUUGUUCCUCUGCAACAGAGAAAUCUGCAACAAAUAAUCAAAAUCAGGCAUCCACAAAACAAGGAAUCACCCUCCAAGAUCCAUCCUCAGAGGAGCAAAAUGAUAAUGGGAACAGCUUUAAUAAUUGGUCUUCAUACUCGUAUAAAGCAAACACGGACGUGUCCACGCGAUCUGAAACUUUUCUACCCAGUCCUCAGUUGGAUUCAGUUUUAUGCCCCAUAUCAGGUUUACCUAAAAAUGCGCCUGCUGUUGAUCCAGUGCCCACUUCACCUUUUCCAAUAAAUUCAACUGAAAUAGACACAUGUACCCCUUCCCCUUCAGCACUUGGCCUGAGUGACUGGGAGACCACCGAAACGUUUUCUCCUCUGUCAGAUGUGUCCACACACAGUGCUUCAAGCAGCACGUCAGGAAUUCCACGCUCUCUCCCGCCCUCGAUAGGCCCACUGGAGAAGGUCAGGGAGCUGCAAACUGUGGACAAACUGCUGCUCUGUAAAGACACCAAGCUAACUGCCACUACUUCUUUAUCCCCCAUGUCUUCAUCCAACUCCUCUCAUUCAUACAUCUCCCCCUCCCUCCUCCAUCAGUACGAACUCAGGAAGGAGGUGUGUUACACAGAUAGGAGUCCACCCAAACUGAAACCAUACUUCACACGUCCUGUUAAAGACGCGUGUUCAGUGCUGUGUGGCCUUAAUAAUGAUCAUUGUGUGGAGGUGGGCUCUUGUGAGUUUAGGCUUCCACCUGUCCUCUCUCCGAUCACCUCACCACAGUGGAGGAGGAGUCUCUCAUGCCAGAGCUCAACUGCAUCAGAAGACGAGGAGGUGUUUGACACAGAUGCUAACAGAGCAGCAAAAUCCCCUGAACCUCACGUAGUGCAAAUGGUUAAUAGCAGCAAUGAAAACACAGAGGAUUUCCUCCAACGCAUCCCAGAAGAAAUGGAGGUAAUUUCAUCAAGUUUCAGAGCUCUGACAGAUGAAACCAAAGGAAAACCUCAGUCUUCUUCAAAUGAUGAUAAAAAUGUGAGCGAACAAAAGGAAGAGGGCAGCCUCCAUUAUUCUGAUCAUGAAGAUAAAAUUGAAGAGGGCAGCAAAAGUUCAGAACAAUGUUCCCCGGAGCCUAAAAUGAAGACAACCCAUGGCUCAGGUGUUCAGACUGAGCCCUGCUCUUCCCUCAGCAGUAACGAAGAGGACUGUGAGUCCUUCAGGGAUGAGGAGGAGCAGCAUUCUGCUGGAGAGGAAGGGUGUUUUUCCAAACAAACAUUCAGGGAAAUCCAGGGAACUGAACCAGAUGGUGACUGUCAGUUGAACGUUUUGGAUGAGCUCACGGCUUACGAACAGGACAUCCUGCUUGUGGAAGUCACGCAGGACGAUCCGGAGCUGUUUCAAAACCUGCCAAAGCAGAGCCUGCUGAAAUUGGGUCCAGUCAGACGAGCCGUGGAUCCCAUAAUAAACACCUUUAAAAAAGUCACGUUCUCUCCAAGGAUUGAUGGAUCAUCUUCAGAGCUCGAGCAAAAAAUAACACCUGUUCUGAGACAUUUUGCUGAUGUCAGUCCAGAUAUCUCAGAGGAGAGUGAGAGCAGGCCGUGGAGACCUCGAUCUAGCACCACCCUUACCAAAAUACAAAACACAUUCCCUGCCGCAUACAAGCAAACCAGACACGUGGAUCACUCUGAUGCCAACAACAGUCAGGUAGAUGGUGGUCUGGAAAGGGCUCAUCCCAUCCUGAACAUGAACUCCCACAUCUCCCCACAGACGUCUUCAGCCUCUGGACUGUGGCUCUCAAACUCCGCAAAAGUGGCAGACGGGCACCAGAAAAUUAACAGUUACUGCAGACUGUACUUCAGUGAAUCACAUCUCUGUGACUACAAGACCUGUCGCUUCCACCAUCUACCGUUGAAGGGGCACGAGAAGUUCUGUAUUGAACAAGUGACCAAAUUCACCAAGAUCCCAGUGUGCCUGAAGAAAGCUGGAGAUAUUUUCACAGGAUACUACCAGAGCAGCCCACCUGGAAUGUACUUCUCUGUGCAGAUUUUUCUGUCCCUCCUGUGGGCUCUGCUCAGAGCUGGCAUGGUGCUGGAGGUCUUCUCAGUCCUCAGCGUCAGCGUGGCCCACGGCAAAGUGCCUGACCACGAGUUCCUGCUGGCUCUCUUUGACUUUGUGAGAGAUAAGAAUUUGAAGGGCUUCUUACCCAAACUGAUGGAUCUCACAAAAAAGAUGGCCAAAGCUGGUUUGGAGCUGAAUGUGGAUUGCCUGGAGGGUGUUAAAAACUUUCCCCUGUUUCAGCACAACGUUCAUCCAAACUCAUCUGUUUCCGUGUCGGGCAGCCACAGCACACAAAUACCAAAGUACCUGAAUUUAACUCACGCUCUUGUUGAAAUAGGGCUCUGUACCAAGCAAGAGGACUGGAAGCGGAUGGGAGAGGUCUUUAGGACCUUGUGUCACUUCACCCUACACCCUAACCAGGUGGAGCGCCUCAGUGGUUGUGUUGCCAUCGGGCUCCUGUCUGAGAGCAAAGUCAAGGGCUCUCUGCCUUUUGCCGUCUUUGCUGAAAUAGCCUGUCAGAACGAAGGUGAAGACAGCCUGUUGAAGGCGUUUGUAGGCAGAAUUGGAGUCUCUCUGAUGUUGCGAUACCACAAAACUCACCAGUGGACAAAUGGUCGCAGGGUGGUGGAGGUGAUGUCCUCUUCAAAAGUCAACUACGGAACUCUGAAGGGUUUGUUUGGGAAUGAGGACAGAGCGUCACGCUGCUACCUGGUCACUGUGGCCACAGAGCUGUUCCUCCUGAGCAGCAGUGUGGAGGGGGCUCUGAACACAUUACGAGAAAACGACUGGUUCCUGAGUUCCAGCUCGUGGCCAUGUGAGCCUGCAGAUCUGGAGAGCAGGACUCGUCUUCUUACAUGCCUGGCUGAGAAAACGUCUCACAGGGACACACUGGAGGUGCUCUGUCAUCUUCCUGGAGUUAAAGAGCCUAACGAUUUGAUCGACAUCUCCAGGUACAGUCCUCAGUUUAACUCUCAUUUACAAGUAUGUAUGGAGAAACAGAUACUUCCUGUGGCUGCAGACACAGUGAACUUCAUGCUGUGUAAAAAACUGCCUGUCGACCACUCGGUGCUGCAGACGCUCAUACAUAAACUGGGCAAACAGAACUUCUGGCUGCUGGCGCGGAGGCUCUUCAAACUAUCUCAGAACUUGGGCUACUACCCUGAAAUCUCUGCACCUCCUGGUUUCAUGUCGCUGACUGUACCCUGUCGGCUUGGGGAGGUGGAGCUGGUCCUCGCCUUUGAGAAGUUCAUCACUGUCAACGCGUCGGUCAUUCUCCCUCUCCCAGAAACUAGCACCACUUCUCUCAGCAUCACUCUCAAAAGGACUCAGAGCUGUGAGAGCGAAUACAUCUCAGCAGGUAGUCGUGUUCUUUCUGCAGCCAGGAUCCCUCGGCCCAAACUCACUGUCCAUUACACCACAGUCAACUCCUCACAGGAGCAGGUGUUUACCCUGGAUGUGUCUUCUGCUCGCCGCUGGCUCCAGCACAAUCAUUUAUGGGCCAAUGAGAUCUGGACACUGUGAACCAGGCGUUUUUGUUUUCCUGCUGUUGCCAGUAAACUUUUCAAACGGUCAAACGUUCAACUUCAACUAAGUACAGGAAAAACCGCAGAUGAAAUCAAGACCGAAACAAUAACCGUUUCUGUUGGAUCUAAUCAGUUGUUGCACCACCAGUCAUGUUUUAAGUUGAACAUUUCACCAAAGUGCAUAAAAUCCCCACCAAAGACUGAUGGAAGAAUUUAAUACUUUCUCUGUUUGCAGUUUUAAAGUUUGUUUCGGGUUAGAUUUUAUUUCCUAUUUUUCUUUGUUUAAUUUUAGUUCUGUUCAGGAAAAAAAUCUCUUUGGGUUUUGAAUCCAGUGUAACUUGACGGGGUCAGUGUCACAGUAUUUUGUUAGUUGUAUAUAGAAUUUGAGUGUAAAUAAAUAUAUGAUUAUAUAGGUAUUAUAUUCAUGUUUAGUCUUGGACAGUAUUAUGUUACUGUAUUAUUAACUAUCAAAAUGUUAAUUGGUGUUCAGGUCCUGUAAGUAACAUAUUCUUUGUAAAGUUUUUUAUUAAAAUAUAAAGUU